GUGGAUCCUGGGCUGAGCUCCUACGCUGGACGUCCUCAGGAUGCCGCAAACUCCAUAUUGCCUCUGCUUGACAAGGCCAACACCGUUGUUCCUACCAGACUUAUGAACAAAACUCCCCUUAAACUUGGGGCAACUGCCGGACUCAGACUUAUUGGAGAUGAAAAGGCGAACCAAAUUCUUGAAGCGGGAUGUAGUCCACACCAAGAGCAAAUAUCAGUGUAACCCGAACUGGAUCAACGUUCUUGAGGGAUCCCAGGAAGGAUCAUACAUGUGGGUUGCUCUGAAUUAUCUCCUGGAUAAAUUGGGAGGAGACUACUUUAAAACCGUAGGGGUGGUUGAUCUUGGAGGUGGAUCCGUACAAAUGGCAUACGCCAUGUUAUCAAACACCGCUGCUAACGCUCCAAAGGUGCCCGAAGGAAAAGAUCCCUAUGUUGUGAAGGAGUAUCUCAAGGGAAAAGAUUAUAACAUUUAUGUGCACAGCUAUUUGCACUAUGGCGGUUUUGCUUCUCGCGUGCAGAUCCUGGAGAGAAAGGAUGGACCAUUUAGCAACUGCAUGCUGCGCGGAUUCAGUGGUAACUACACCUACAACGACAAACAGUACGAUGCAACGACCGCACCACAAGGUGCAGACUACCACAAGUGCAGAGAAGAAGUAGUGAAGUUACUGAAGGUGAAUGCGCCCUGCGAAACCAAGAACUGCAGCUUCAACGGCGUCUGGAACGGUGGUGGCGGAGCAGGGCAGGAUGACCUCUACGUUGCGUCCGCCUUCUACUACAUAGCUUCCCAUGUUGGGUUCAUCGACAGCGAUGCACCCAGUGCAAAGUCGACCCCUGCAACGUUUAAGGCUGUUGCAGAAAAGGCUUGUAAACUGAGUGUCAAAGAAGCAAAAGUAGAAUACCCCAACGUUCGUGAUCAUGCCUACUUAUGCAUGGAUCUUAUCUACGAAUACUCCUUGCUCGUUGACGGCUUCGGUCUACAUCCAAGUAAGGAGAUAACGCUGGUAGACAAGGUGAAGCAUGGGGAGUACUACAUUGACGCGGCUUGGCCAUUGGGUACAGCUAUUGAAGCUGUGUCACCCAAAAAACGGCUUCGAGAAAUAUACAAAUGAUAUUGAGAUCGAUGUACUAGCUACUUUGGAAGUUAGGAUAUCGUUUUUUGUAUGAUCGAUGUUUGUGUGCUGGUUAUUACAGUAUAACUGAGUAUCAUGAUAUAUAAGUAGUAUGUUAAUAACGGAUCGAGCUAUCAAUAGAUCGAGGUGGCCAUGCUCUUUGUCCUAGACUCCAAGUUGUGUACGUUUGAAUAUAUAGCAGCUUUCUAUAUAUAAUUACUAUCAUAGAAA